CUCAUACACAACUUUCGAAAAAAUCCCAAACUCCACGCCUAAACGUCAUUUCGUACAGUCGUUAGAUUUCACUUAACCUCGAGCACCCGUUUACAUACAGGAGCCAGCGAAAGAGCACAUAGAUAAAGGCACAAACCAAACAACACAUAUAUCACAAUGUCCGCGCCCGACAGGUUUGGCAACGACAUCGAGUCCGACUCCGAUUCGGGCAACGAGUCACCCAUCAACGAUGGGGCCGACGAUGGCGCUGAGGAGUUAGAUCAGAAACCCCUCAAGUCAGCUAUGAAGAAAUCCCCCUCAGGUCCCUCGCCUCCGAUUGAGCGUCCUCCUCUCCCUCCCCAAACAGACGCCAAAGACCUCGAUCUCCAAUCACUAACCCCGCUUACACCUGAGAUCAUCGCGCGACAAGCCACUAUCAACAUUGGUACCAUCGGUCACGUCGCUCACGGCAAGUCGACCGUUGUGAAGGCCAUAUCAGGUGUCCAGACUGUCCGUUUCAAGAACGAGUUGAUCCGAAACAUCACCAUCAAGCUGGGAUAUGCGAAUGCCAAGAUCUACAAGUGCGAUAACCCUGAGUGCCCUAGGCCUGGAUGUUAUCGAAGCUACAAGAGUGAGAAGGAGGUAGACCCCCCUUGCGAGCGUGAAGGAUGCAGCGGUACAUACAGACUUCUACGCCAUGUCUCCUUUGUGGAUUGCCCUGGUCACGAUAUUCUCAUGAGUACUAUGUUGUCUGGAGCUGCGGUGAUGGACGCCGCUCUAUUACUGAUUGCUGGAAAUGAAACUGUACCUCAGCCUCAAACUUCUGAACAUUUGGCAGCUAUCGAAAUUAUGAAGCUUGAUAAGAUCAUCAUCCUUCAGAACAAGGUCGACCUUAUGCGAGAAGAGGCCGCCCAACAACAUUACCAGUCUAUCCUGAAGUUCGUCCGUGGUACUCCUGCCGCCAAAUCGCCCAUCAUUCCUAUCUCUGCGCAACUGAAGUUCAACAUCGACGCUAUCAACGAGGCCAUUGUAAACACCAUCCCUGUACCACCCAGAGAUUUCACUCAAGAGCCUCACAUGAUGGUUAUUCGAUCCUUCGACGUCAACAAGCCUGGUGCCGAAAUUGAAGAGUUAAAGGGUGGUGUUGCAGGUGGCAGUAUUCUGCACGGUGUGUUGAAGCUCGGUGACGAGAUUGAAAUCAGACCUGGUAUUGUGACUCGAGACGAUAAGGGUGCACUCCAGUGCAAGCCUAUCUGCAGUCGUAUCGUCUCUCUUAACUCAGAGUUCAACGAUCUGAAAUAUGCCGUCCCCGGUGGUCUCAUUGGUGUUGGCACGCGCAUUGACCCUACUCUUUGCAGAGCUGAUCGUUUGGUUGGAUUCGUUCUCGGCCUCAAGGGACGUCUUCCCGCCAUCUACAGUGAGAUUGAAGUCAACUUCUACCUCUUAAAGAGGCUGCUAGGUGUCCGCACAGCAGACGGCAAGCAAGCAAAGGUGGCUAAAUUAACCAAGAAUGAAGUCCUCAUGGUAAACAUUGGAUCCACCUCAACUGGUGCCAAGGUUGCCGCCAUUAAGCAAGAUGCCGCUAAGCUAUCCCUGACCAGCCCUGCCUGCACAAACCUUGGAGAGAAGAUCGCUCUUAGCCGAAGAAUCGAGAAGCACUGGCGUCUCAUUGGAUGGGCUACCAUCACAGCUGGUAUCACAUUGGAACCUACCGAAUCGUGAAGUCUAGGCUAAGUAUAAAUUUCUUGACGAAGCGUAUCCGAUAAGCUAUAAUUCUGAGGGGUGGGUAAAGGGGAAAUGAGUAGGUAUUCCUAAGUACGGCGACCAAUGUCAGGGACACGGCUCAAGCGCUUCAUAAAGGUAAGAGAUGCCUUAGUCUGUCUGAAGCUACUAGGGCUAAAGGGGAUGUCCCUAAGAAGGCUAUGUAUUUAGACGAUGAUGACGAAGCAAAAGGAGAUAAAGGCGUACCUGAAUACGGAUCUGUUGCACUUUACGUCCUGGCCCUUUUUGCAGAGACCGUAGUCUCCGGUGGCUUUUGUCAAUCUAUAGGCGCCUAACGGAAAAAAGGAAUAUAAAAACCUAUAGCCAUCCGAUUAUCCAACCCACCACUUCGCGA